AUGUUGGGGGAAGGUGGCAGCCGCCCUCUGCUGUGGGGGGCUCCAGCCGUCCCCAUGUGGCCAGGCAGUGUGUGUGUGGAGGAGCGUGUGAGUGCGUGGGUGUGUGCCCUUGACUCCCCAGUGACCCCGUCCAGGAAUCUGUCUCCACCCGCCCCUACUUCUGAAGCCACGCCCCCUCCAGGACCGGGUGGGCCAGAGGGGAGGGCAGGCCUGAGGACCAGUAUGGAGCCCGGGAGCAUCUUCUUCUGGGGGGCACCAGGAGCUGCCCCUCCCGUCUUCCCCGGGCCUAGCCUGCCCUCCGGGCCUCUGCUUAAGGCUCCUGACCACACUUAG